CCUGUGCUCUUUAAAUGGCCGAACCGUUGCUGGAUUUUAACCGUGUUUUAGCCGCAUUUCGCCCGUCUGCGUAGGGCGCGUGAUUCCUCUGUCGUUUGGAAUUUAUUACGCGAAUAUCUUCCAGGUGUGUUUUGUUUUUUGGGGGGGUGAGAAGGCAGGAGCAGUAUGCUGCUCUCCAAACUGGGUGCCUUGUCUCACAGCAUGGAUCUGCCGGCGAAGCUCCACCUGCAUCAAGCCAAGGCGGAGAAGCCACCGUUUGAUAAACUGUACCGUCUGGGCUCGGUGUUGGGGAACGGAGGAUUCGGCACCGUGUAUUCGGCUGUUCGCCUGGCCGACGGGUUGCCGGUGGCGGUAAAACAUGUGUGCAGGGACAGAGUGACAGAGUGGGGUACUCUGUGUGGCUCUGUGGUUCCUCUGGAGAUUGUGCUGCUGAAGAAGGUGGGAGGGGCGUUUGGAGGCGUGGUGCGGCUGUUGGACUGGUGGGAGCAGGUGGACGGCUGGUUGAUGGUGAUGGAGCGUCCCGAGCUGGCUCAGGACCUGUUUGAUUACAUCACGGAACGUGGUGCACUGGACGAAAUGGCGGCACGCGGCUUCUUCCUGCAGGUGCUGGAGGCGGUUCGUCACUGCUACACCUGCAGCGUCGUCCACCGAGACAUCAAGGACGAGAACCUGCUGGUGGACCUGAGGACGGGACAGAUCAAACUGAUUGACUUUGGCUCAGGAGCCCUCCUGAAAGACACCGCCUACACCGACUUCGAUGGUACACGGGUGUACAGUCCACCGGAGUGGAUCCGGUACCGUCGGUACCACGGUCGCUCGGCCACCGUCUGGUCGCUCGGCGUGCUGCUCUAUGACAUGGUGUGCGGGGACAUCCCCUUCGAACAGGAUGAGGAGAUUCUGAGAGGACAGAUCUACUUCAGACGCAACAUCUCUGCAGAGUGCCAGCAGCUGAUUGGCUGGUGUCUUAGCCAGCAGCCAUCUGAGCGGCCAACCCUGGAGCAGAUCCUCCUACACCCCUGGGUGACCGGCAGUAACAGUCAGCAAACAGACGAGAGCAGCAUCACGCUUCACGCCAUUACAGCGGACUCCUCCUCCUCAUCUUCCUCCUCAAGCCAGCAGAGCCCCUGAUUGGUUAUUAAGAUGCUGCCAAGGGGCAUGGCUAGGACUUGAUUGACAGCUGUCCUCUGGUGUUUCCAUUUCCUCACAAUCGUGGGGUUGCAGCUCCAAGGAAGUGUUAUGUGUCAGCGGGGUGAGGGCUCCACAGCGCCCCCUCCUGGUCAGACCAUGGAGCAGCUUUCAUAGAGCCUCAGCACCUGUUGGUUUCCAUCUGGUGUUGCUGUUUGAGUGCCUGGAGUUUAGUAGCUGCUGUGGGUGGAGUAAUGCCAUGGUUAAAAUAUAAAUGUGGUUUAAUCAGAGAAGAACUCAGCCAGGUGUGGUUCCAAUGAAAAAAACUGUUGUCAGCAGCUCUGUAGCUACUGAUGUGGGGUCACAUCAGUACAGCAGAACAAAGGUGAACACACCUGAAACGUUAUAAUCAUCUACAGGGCUGCAACUACAUGUAUUUCACUAUUAAUCAACCUGUCAAUUAUUUUAUACACUGAUUGUUUCUGUCUUUAAAAUGUCAGAAAGCAAUGGAAAAUGUUUAUCUCAAUGCUUUAAGUCAGAUCAAGAGUCAAAAUCCCACAAACAAACUCAGUUUACAAUGAUACAAGACAGAGAGAAGCAGGAAGUCUUCAUGUUGGAAGAAGCUGAAACGAGAACUGGGAGAUUAUGCUUGAAAAAUGGCUUAAAUGAUUACAUAUAUUAAAAUUGUUGCUGGUAAGUCUCCAACAAGGAGUCAGUAGUCACUGCGGUCAGCUUCUGGUUCAGAGGAAAUGCUCUUGCUCGGUCGGUCAGAGUUGUCUCAGCCUUUCAGUUAAACUUUUUUCCAUCUGAACUAUUAAGAGCGGUGAAUUGCUCAGCAAUUCUGGCGUGCAUACCCUGUCCCAAUCACAUAGCACCUGCAUUAACUCUCUCUCAUGGGAAAUGUCUGAACUAUGUUCUGAAAACAUUACUUCCUCCAUCUUCCCUCUCACCCUCAGUCUCGGGGUGUAAAAUGCACAGUCAAUGCAAAUACUCAGUUUUGUAUAUUUGAAUAUAUAUAUUUUUUGUAUGGGUUUUUUUUUUAAUCUUGCAUGUGUUUUUAUUUAUUUACUGAGA